CGCAAUAUAAAAAGUUGUAGUUGGCUCCAAGACGAACAUCAAGAAAGUAGCCGUUACACUGCUUUUUGCUUUUGCCCUUCGAUUAUUAUUUUUUUCUCAAACUCAUAUUUCCUGAAAACUCAUCAGCCAUUGGAGCGAUAGGCAUCUUCUUCUAACUCAAACGAUAAUUUCUACUUCCUAAAUCCCCAAUUACAGUUGCCUUUUUUCCCUAAUUUUACCAAUUAUUUAGUUCCUUUCAUCCAAAAUUUUGAUCCUAGAAGAAGUCGAAUGGCGUCAAGAACAGUUGCCAAAGAUAUAAUCACUCUUCGAGGCUCAGCGGCAAUCGUCAGCGAGUUUUUUGGAUAUGCAGCGAACAGCAUUUUGUACAAUCGAGGAGUUUAUCCAGAAGAAAGUUUUGCCAAAGUGAAGAAAUACGGGCUCCCAAUGUUGCUUACUCAAGAUGAAGGUGUUAAAUCCUUCAUUUCGAAUCUAACAGCUCAGCUUUCUGAAUGGCUGGAAGCUGGGAAACUACAGAGGGUGGUAAUGGUUAUCAUGAGCAAGGCAGCCAAUGAGGUCUUGGAGAGGUGGAAUUUCAGCAUUGAGACUGAUAGUGACGUUGUUGAGAAAGGUGUGUCAAGGGAAAAGAGUGACAGAGAAAUCAUGAGAGAAAUUCAGGCAAUCAUGAGACAGAUUGCCUCAAGUAUUACUUACUUGCCGUGCCUUGAUGAACCAUGUGUGUUUGAUGUUCUAGCAUACACUGAUACGGAUGUUCCAGUACCAUUCACUUGGAUUGAGAGUGACCCUAAGCUGAUUGCAAAUCCACAAAUGGUGAAGUUGCAUUCAUUUGAUACCAAGAUACACAAGGUUGACACUCUUGUUUCAUACAAGAAUGAUGAAUGGGACGAGCAGUAGAGUGCCUGAACCUUCUGUCUCCUUCCCCCCCAAUAUGUGAAUCUUUCUAUUCACAUAUUUUUAAUAGAUUACAAUGAAAGAUGAAAUAUAUCUGUUUUUUUGGGCUUGCUUUUUUGUAUAGCUAUGAAAUUUUCUUUCUUAAUUAUUUCAAGUUAAUUUCAUCUCAAUUAUUUCAAACCAAA